CACCGCGAGAACUAAAACGUUUUUCUCCAAGUGUUUUAAGUGCGCACCUUACCGCCGCGGGAUCGCGUAUAUGAACACGAAAAAAUCGAGCUGGAUUUUUUAACUGCAACCGAAAUAAAGAACAUUUAAAAAGAAUGGCAUGGAUGACAAUACUUGUGGCUACUAUGGCUUUCAAAUAUGCUGCAAUGAUUGAUGCUUCCAUUCCAACUUUCGACUUCCAUCCCCAUCUACAAAGAAACACAAUUGGAGGAAAAGAAAGCGAGGAUCCCUACGAAGCUUAUAAAACAUCGCAUCUAUUAGAAGACCUGCAGCUGCAACGACUGAAACAACACUUAGUAGACAUCCUUUUGCAUCCAGAUCAAGGGGUACCAUUAAUUUACGUUGAGGAAUAUCCGACCGGCGAACAAGACACGGAAAGCGACGCGUAUUAUAAUCAGUUCCCCGAACUUCAGAAGGACCCGAAGAAGGAAUUAACGGAAGUUCCAUUUAAAAGAUCGAGGUAUUACCGCAAAUAUCCGUGGAAACGGCAAAAUUCUAGAGAAGCAUACGACGCCGAAAACCGCUACAUGUGUCAACCAAGCAAAGACGACGUCUUCCGUUUACUUGUGGCGCUCCACGACGCACGACAAGGCAAUAGUCGCACGGUCAAUUUUUGUAAUCGCAGAAGAGCGGCGACCGCAGUUUUCACGAACAUUCGAUUUUUGGGCCGAAAGAAAUAAAUUCGUCGUUUCUAUCAUUCUGCAAAUUAAAUAUUAUAAACUAUGAUGUGUGACUGAAAAAUGUAGUUACUUUUAAAAAUUUAGAAUUUCAAUGUUACGAUGUAUAGGUGUUAAAUAAAUGAAUCAGUAUUA